AUGCUGCUGUAUGCCGAUUACAUCGCUUUACUAGCCAGAAAUGCAGCUGAUUUCAAAAACGAACUCCGUCUGCUUGAAAAGUACUGUUCAGACAAUGGUCUUGUUGUAAAUGUCCGGAAGUCUAAAGUAAUGGCUUGCCAUACAUCUUGCAGAAUUAGAAAAUACUGUGGAAACGAACUGGAAGUCUUAAAGUCUUACGUCUACUUAGGCGUCCCUUUUAGUAGUAAUCUUCGAGGAGACUUGGCGGCUUCAGAAUUCUUAAAAAAAGAACGACGAGCAGCGUGUACUGUACUCUCUAUUCUUGCUAAUCUAAAAGCUAGCUCCUGGCUUGUUAAGAAAAAAGAUUACACUACUUAA